UUGGACUAGGAAAAUGGUUUGCUUAUCCAAACCUGAUGCUGAUACAACCCCUAGGUCAGAAGAAAAGCAGCUAUUAAUUGAUGUCGGGCUAGGUGAGAAAACGGUAUUUAUACCAGAUAUCAAUAUAAGUCCGGAGCAGUUCUGUCAAGUACUAUAUACCUACUUCCCUAAGCUUCAAGAUGCUGGAGGUUUUGAGUUGCUAACAUGUAUUGGAAGUGAGAGGAAGUUGGUUACCAUAAGAGGGAAGUAUACUCCACAAAACAUAAAGGACAGGUUGGGCCAAGGCCGUAUUUAUAUACGGCCUAUACAAAACAGCUUAAAUUUGGACCCAGUGGAUAGUGGUGUAGACGUGGACUCAGGGCUAAUGCAAAAGUGUUCAAAGUGUCAAAAAGAAUUCCCAUUCAAUAUCUUGAAGAAACACAUCGAAAGCUGUAGCAGACCAAGUCCACCAUCAACGUUGACUGUACCAAUGGAACAGGAAGAUGGAACUGAUGACCUGUAUGAUGCAGACUUGACGCAUAAGCCUCGUGCAUCUAAUGAUAUGCAAACACAGUCAACUCCUUUGGCUUCUUAUAGUUUGUCUGGUAUUCCCUCUACAAGUUGCAGUAGUUCAGAGAGCCAUCUUAAUGACAGUAGUUCCAGUUUGCCAACGACUGCACCAGAACAGCAGGAUGACGUUCCCAUGAGACCAUUAACAGGGUCGAAUGCUGCAUACAAUGCAUAUGUCGAAUUACAUGAAUUAGAAUCAGAAGAUGAUGAUACAGACUUAAUGAGGGCAAUAAGUGAAAGCCUGGAAUUCAAGCAACCUGGAGCUACCUCAGACACAGUCACAUUGAAAGAUUUGUUGACGAAUUACCAACAAAUCAGCAAGGAUGAGAAAACAACAGUAAUAGUGCACAGACGAAGGUUUCUCAGAUCAAUCUUGCAUGCAUAUUGUCAACCAGGAUUUGACUGCCACAAGUCGGUUAUUGUUGAGUUUGCAGGAGAGGAGGCUGUGGACAUUGGAGGUCCAAAACGGGAAAUGUUUAGACUUCUAAUGAAGGCUGUAAGUGAAAGCAUGGGGGUAUUGGAGGGUGGGCAGGGACUGCAGACCUUUACCCACAAUAUAGAGCUCCUAGAAGACAAGAAAUAUAUGGUGGCAGGGAGUUUUGUGGCCAGGAGUCUGUUACAUGGGGGUCCAGGCUUACCAACACUUCACCCCGAGCUUUUCAAGCUGAUGUGCGGGAUAAAAUCUGCAGGCUUUUCAGAUGUCAGCAUCGUCAAUGAUAUAGAUGUGCGCUUAAAGAUAUCGAAGAUUGCUAACUGUUGUACAGGAGAAGAAUACAUGAAGGUUUCCCAAGAAUUAGGAGAUUGGGCAUCUGAUCAAGGAGUAAUGUCACUGUAUAAUGGCGACAUCACUCAAAAAGAUACUGUUGUUGCCUCGUUAUUGAAGCAUUAUUGCUUUUACAGGACACAGGCAGAGAUACAGCAGUUUGUUGAAGGGCUUGGUGCCCUAUGGACCAUAGUUAAAGACUUCCCGGAUACUUUGAUGCCCUUACUGACCUCAGUGGGAAAGAAACCAAUGUCAAGGGAUGUUUUAAAAAGCAUCAUGAAGGUUAGGUAUUCUGAAGAAGGAUCCAAUUUGAAAUUAAUGGAGGAUGACACCAUUUUUUGCUGGGAGAUUUUUCUCAAGGACUGUGAAGAUGGCAAGACAAAAGACAAAACUUCCCUUAAUGACAUCCUGGCAUUCAUCAGUGGAGCUGAUGUCAUCCCACCAAUGGGAUUUGAAGACAGCAUCGAUGUCGAAUUUUUUACACCAAAUCCGGAUGCUAGAGCCUAUCCCACAGCAUCAACAUGUGCUCUAGAACUCUAG